AUGCGCCUCUUGGAAAUCCAAGAGGAUGGCAGCCUCAGACUUGGGGCGCAUCCCCCAGAGGACGUCCCGCCAUAUGCUAUCCUCUCGCACACCUGGGGAGCCGAUGACCAGGAGAUCACCUUUCGAGACGUUCAACAUCAUACAGGCCACCACAAGGACGGGUAUAAAAAGCUCACGUUCUGCAGCCAGCAGGCUGCGCUGGAUGGCCUGAAAUAUUUCUGGAUCGACACCUGCUGUAUAGACAAGUCUAACAGCCAGGAGCUUCAAGAAGCGAUCAACUCCAUGUUUCCCUGGUACAGAAAUGCUGACCAUUGCUACGUCUACCUCAGUGAUGUGCACAAAAACAGCGGUGACGACGAAGACAAAGCGUCACAAGUACCAUGGGAGACAACAUUUAGAAGAAGCAGGUGGCUAACCCGCGGCUGGACGCUACAAGAGCUGAUCGCCCCAAGGUCGGUCAAGUUCUUCUCAGCAGGAGGAGAAGCACUGGGCAACAAAACAACGUUAGAGGCACUGCUACACGAAUGUACAGGGGUCCCCAUUGACGCCCUUCGAGGGAAAACUCUGGCUGACUUCAGCAUCAACGACCGACUCUCUUGGCUGGGAAAGCGCAAUACCAAGCGUCCCGAAGAUCUUGCGUAUUGCAUGUUUGGCAUCUUCGAUGUUCACAUGCCACUUAUCUACAGCGAGGGGGAGGAGAAGGCAUUCUUCAGACUAAGACGAGAGAUUGGCGAGGACACAAUCAGCCAAGCAGCCAAGCAAUGCAUUGCCGACUUGCGCGUUACCGAUCCUCGCCAUGAUAAGAGGCGCAUCGAGGGCAUGAAGGGCAGCCUACUCAGGGACUCCUACUUAUGGGUGCUCGACAACCCGGACUUUCGCCAGUGGCGCAACAAUGAGAAUCAGCGACUACUCUGGGUCACAGGCGAUCCGGGCAAGGGCAAGACCAUGCUGCUCUGCGGAGUCAUCGACGAACUCGAGAGGAUGCGCACCGAGGGACAAACUCUAUCCUACUUUCUUUUCCAGGCUACCGACACGCGUAUUAAUACCGCGACAGCUGCAUUGCGCAGCCUGAUCUACAUGAUCCUCGAGAAGCACGUUUCCCUCGUUUCCUACAUGGAAAAGCAACACGAAAAGGCCGGCAGACACCUUUUCGAAGACACCAACGGCUGGCAGGCGCUAUGUGAAAACUUCGACAACAUUCUCCAGGAUCCCAAACUUCAGGGAGUUGUCCUUGUGGUCGACGCUCUGGACGAGUGUUUGCAAGGUCUGCCAGUGUUUCUCGACCUGGUGGUCAGGACCUCGCAAAAUACCACAGCGAAAUGGCUCAUUUCAAGCCGCAAUUGGCCUCAGAUUGAGGAACCAUUAUGCAAAGUGGCGCACAGGCUUUCGCUUGAGGUUAAUGAAACUUCAGUUACAGAAGCCGUAAAUACCCAUACAUCGAGCACAAGGUGUCCGAGCUUGCACGACGCAAGGGUUACCGCGAUGACAUCGCCAAGGAAGUUUACCACUAUCUGUCGUCGAACGCAGAUGGCACGUUUCUCUGGGUUGCCUUGGUCUAUCAAGAACUCGAAACGACUUACUCCUGGAAUGUGUUACAGAAAGUCAAGUCUUUUCCCCUGGGGCUUGAUGCUCCAUAUCAACGAAUGA